UCCAGGGACCUGCUGAUUGUUGCGAGUUAAUUUUCCAAACCCAUUGACGUCCGAGAAGGUCUCUUCUUUGUGGAGUGUUGUGCUGCUCUUUUUAAUCACCCUAGAGCUUUAGGAUUUCAAAUCUAACACAAUGGGUGGCUGCACCUCAAAACUAAGACGGAGUCUCAAAGCAUAUAGGAAGUACUCUUCACGAUUUGGAAAACGACGUAGUAAUGUUUCAGCUAUCAAAGGAAUCGGUGAUUCACGAAUCCAUGCAAGAGAAUUUACAGUCAGUGAUUUUGUUCAUCUCGAUCUUGAGAAGGGAGUUCCGACAAACCGUGCAAGGCCUAAGGUUUCUAACAUGACAUUCCUUCUUAAGCAGCUGCAGUUGAGGCAGGGUCAAAUUGAUGCAAAUGGAGUGUGCCAAGAUGAACCAUGGUUUGACUCAGCUAGUAUUUUGGACUCUGAGGAUGAUGAGGAGGAUUUCAGCAGUGUUCUUGGAGAUUGUUUUCCUUCAAUUGGAAAUGGCCCAAAUGCUCAAUUGCUUCAGUACGAAAGAACAUCGUGCUUCAUUGACACUGGAUGUAUGUAUGAAGCCUAUGAAAGUUAUCUUAAAAUUGAUGGAGGUGCACAGAAUUUUGAAUAUACGAGUCAGGAGUUCAAUAUGAAUACUUGUCUGCCAUGUUUGCCUCCUCCGGUUAGUUGCAAUGAGAAGAAUCAUUCUUCUAAUCCCCAACCGGAAAAUAGGAAGAAGUCAGCAGUUAUCAUGCUUUCUGUUAAGAGAAAAUCUGUCGACGGAUACGAAAGAACUGAGUUCUAUACGUCAGAGAAAAUUAUAUACCGUCCAAGAGCAGGACUUCAAAUUCCAUGCGCAAAGGGAGAAAAGUUAACUCCAUCGUCCUGGUCCCCUAUUUCACCUUCUGUAUUUAAGCUUCGUGGAGAAAAUUACUUCAAAGACAAACAGAAAUACCCUGCUCCAAACUUCAGCCCAUAUGUACCAAUUGGAGUCGACUUGUUUCUCUGCCCCCAGAAGAUAAAUCACAUUGCUCAGCAUCUUGAACUUCCGCAUGUGAAAGCACAUGGAAAGCUACCAUCUAUUUUAAUUGUUAACAUACAGCUGCCUACCUAUCCAGCUUCGAUAUUCGCUGGCGAUUACAACGGUGAAGGGAUGAGCCUUGUACUGUAUUUUAAACUGUCUGACAAUUGUGACGAAGAGAUAUCUCCUCAUUUUCAAGACUGCGUCAAGAGGCUGAUUGAAGAUGAAAUGGAAAAAGUCAAAGGAUUCACAAGGGAAUCCAUGGUUCCUUUCAGAGAAAGGUUGAAAAUAGUGGGUGGGUUGGUUAAUCCUGAAGAUCUCCAGCUAAGUGCUACUGAAAGAAAGCUAGUUAGUUCUUAUAACGAAAAGCCAGUGCUUUCACGACCUCAACACAACUUUUUCAGGGGACAAAAUUAUUUUGAAAUUGAUUUGGACAUACAUAGGUUCAGCUAUAUAUCAAGGAAAGGUCUUGAAUCAUUUCGAGAUCGCUUGAAGCAUGGGAUAAUUGACAUUGGGUUAACAAUCGAGGCACAAAAACCUGAAGAACUGCCCGAGCAAAUGAUGUGCUGUUUGCGGCUGAAUAAGAUUGAUUUUGUAAACCAUGGGCAGAUACCUACAAUUUCGAGUGUAGGUGAAAAUUGAGUCAUGGGAGAAUGAUGGGAAGGCCAGCAUUUGUGUCCAAGGAGAUUGUAUAUGUUACCAUUCUUUCUUUCGCAACGCCACUCAAACUGUCAACACAGUCUUUGUGUUUCUUAUGGUGGGGGAUGUAAGUGAUAUCCACAACACUGCUGCUGGUAAGAUUUUAUAACAAAAUUAUAAAUUUUUAUAUGGUCGGAUUUUGCAGGAGUAAA